GUCUCACGGGUACCGCGGAGGGGAAGUCCUCCGCGCCCUCGGCAUGAAAAUGAUGGCAGGAGGCUCGGUGCACCAGAACGGCAUCUUUCCCUCGGCAGCUCCUCAGCAGCAACAGCAGCAGCAGCAGCAAGGGGGGCCCCAGCCGCAGCAGCAGCCCCCCCAAGCCCCUCCGCAAUCCCACAUGGAUUCGGAUCCUCCCGACUCUAGGAAAAGGCCCCUGGAGACCCCCACCGAAGCCAUCAGCACCAAGAGGAGCAACACGGGAGAGGAUGGCGAAUACUUCCUUAAGGUCCUGAUCCCCAGCUAUGCCGCCGGAUCCAUCAUCGGCAAAGGAGGCCAAACGAUCGUCCAACUGCAGAAAGAAACCGGAGCCACUAUCAAGCUCUCCAAGUCCAAGGACUUCUACCCAGGGACCACGGAGCGCGUGUGUCUGGUUCAAGGCACAGCAGAAGCCCUCAACGCUGUCCACAACUUCAUUGCCGAAAAGGUCCGGGAGAUCCCCCAGUCCGUAGUGAAGCCGGAAUCGGUCAAUAUCCUGCAGCCCCAGACAACCAUGAAUCCUGACCGAGCCAAGCAGGCCAAGGUGAUUGUUCCCAACAGCACAGCCGGGCUGAUCAUUGGCAAAGGCGGAGCCACGGUCAAGGCCAUCAUGGAGCAGUCUGGAGCCUGGGUACAGCUGAGCCAGAAGCCCGAGGGCAUCAACCUCCAGGAACGUGUGGUGACCAUCAGCGGCGAGCCCGAGCAGAUCCACAAGGCGGUGGACAUCAUCGUGCAGAAGAUCCAGGAGGACCCGCAGAGCAGCAGCUGCCUCAAUAUCAGCUACGCCAACAUCGCUGGCCCCGUGGCCAACUCCAACCCGACCGGAUCCCCUUAUGCCAACUCCACGGACGUGCUGCCUGCCGCAGCGGCCGCAGCCACUGCUUCAGGCCUGCUGGGCCACACCAGCCUCGCCGGGGUGGGAGCGUUCCCAGCCGCUCUGCCGGGCUUCUCCGGCAGUGACCUUUUGGCCAUCAGCACGGCUCUCAACACCUUGGCGAGCUAUGGAUACAACACCAGCUCUCUGGGGCUCGGCCUCAACUCAGCCGCCGCCUCCGGAGUGCUGGCCGCCGUGGCCGCCGGCGCGAAUCCAGCCGCCGCCGCUGCCGCCAACCUCUUGGCAUCCUACGCCAAUGAAGCGUCCACCAGUACCACCACCCCAGCCGGCGCCGUGGGGGCCUUCACGUUGGGUUCCUUAGCCGCGGCCACCGGGGCCGCCAAUGGCUACUUGGGGACAGCCUCUCCGCUGGUGGCCAGCUCCUUCUUGGCCACGGAGAAGCUGGUGGAAAGCGCCAAAGAUAUGGUGGAGAUUGCCGUGCCAGAGAACCUAGUGGGCGCCAUUUUGGGGAAAGGCGGCAAGACGUUGGUGGAGUACCAGGAGCUGACGGGCGCCCGCAUCCAGAUUUCCAAAAAGGGGGAGUUUAUCCCGGGUACUAGGAACCGUAAAGUCACCAUCACAGGCACUCCGGCCGCUACGCAAGCGGCGCAGUAUCUUAUCAGCCAGCGAGUAACGUAUGAGCAAGGAGUCCGUGCCACCAACCCACAGAAAGUGGGAUAAGAGAAGGCCGGAGGGAAGUCUGGGGGAAGGAGUAGAAUUCAAGUCAAUUCUUUAAUCAUUAAAAUUGUAACCUACCCAACACCAGCCCCAGUCCAGUGUCCAUCUCUCUCUCUUACACACACACACACACACACACACACACACACACACACACACACACCCUUCUGGUUGAGAAGCAGCCCAGCAUUUCGUUUUCCUGGACCUUUAUUUCGCCAAUGGUGCAACCUGUUUGUGUGUGUGUGUAUAUACAUACAUAUAUAUAUAUAUAUGGCAACAUUUUCUUUUCUUUUUGAGUUGAUAUGGAUUUUAAUAGAAAAAAAACAUUUUUUAAGAAAACAAAAAAUUCCUCUUUCUUUCCCUCUUUAAUUCUGAGUUUCUUAACCAAGAAUCCCGAUUGGGGGUGGGGUGGGGUGGGGGAGAUCCGUCUCGUAAUGUCUCUUCCCCCCCCCCACUCCCCAGAGUGUCAAAUUCCUUGACGGGGAGUGGGUACCUUGUAUCCUUCUUCAGGCCCACGCAGAACAUCAAUCUCUGUAGAUGCUCUGUAGACGGGGUUUCAGAAUAUAUAGCUAUAUAUCGAGGGAAGCAGAGAUGGGGUUCAUAUCAUGGCCUAGCGGUUCACAAAGUGACACCUGCCCCAUGACCUUGAACUCUGAAAUUGAUGCAGCUCUAGAUCUAAUACGCCUGCAUUUCGUAGUGAAGCUAAACGUGGGUUUUUCUACCUAUAGGUAGGCGUGGCUCAUUCUAAGGUGAGGUUGAGGGGUUGGAGUGGAAUGGGCUCUGCAUUGGGGAAAUGGGUUGGUUGAAUUGAUAGGCUUCCCCCCCCCUUUGAUUUUUGCUUUCUUGUUUUCGUCUGUUUGUUUUUACAAUUCUUCUAUGCAUACUUUCAUUCGGAGGGGAGGGGAACUGUGUACGUCCUCCUCCCCCCCCUUUCCUCAGCCCUACUAAUCAGAAGAAACAAAAAAGGCAAGGUAAACUUGUUCAGAAAGUUGUAGAUGAGGGUGCGGCCCCGUUUAUACUGAGGAAACAGUCGGAAAGGCUUGGACCCGAGUAUUCACAGUGGGUCAUUUUGGGUGAGCCGUGAGUCUUGACGGAGCUCUGAGCUUGUGAGCUUGCUCCUCCUGCGAAUGGAUGAGGGCCAGAGUUGUAAGAGAGGCGAUGCGAAUGAAGAACGAGGUCAAAGUAGCGGGGCUUCUUCCUGUGGAUGCGGAAGUGGCGCUCCCAUCCCCAUGACAGGUGAUACAAGCUACUUUCUCCUGGGGUGUCGCCAGGCGGCGGCCUCCUUUGAUGUGCUUGGCUACUUCCUGUUGUGGCGCCUCUCAGGAAUCUUGGUUUCUCAGCAUCUGGGAGUGCCACUUCCUGCUAGGCUACACACCCCACAUAGGCAAGUUCCCUUGCCUCUGUCCAGCAAGGAGGAGGGAGCUUCACUCGGUUUUUUGGAGCCAAAGGCUUGUUUCCUUUCCGAACAGCCGCAAAAAAAACACCCCAGCUUUCUCAACAAGUCCACUGCCCUGUUUGAUAAAAACCCAGGGGCCGGAACUAGGAAGGGAAGGGCCCUUUUGACUGAGCCCUGGGUGCUUCUGUCCAGGCAGGUGUGAUUGGUCCACCCUUCAAAGGUGCCACAGUGGAAGCCCAAGGGCAUCACUGAGCUGCCAUUGUCAGUAUUAGCUCUCUUGAGCAGCACCUGGCGGAGUAUAGCUACUCCGAAAUAAACGAUAUGUUGCCAAGGGGGCUGUUGAAGGCCUCUUUGGACCCCCCCCCCCCGCCCAAUUGCAGCUUCCCUUCGACCUGCUGCCUCUCCCGCUGGCCUUUCUAUAAGCAGUAUUACCAGCGGCAAGAAGGGCCUUUAUUCCCAGUGACUGGCCCAGUAGGGAACCCAGUUCCCUGGCACUUCCUGUUUCCGGCGCCCUUUGGACGGUGACAGAUGCUGGGCUUGAAACCCGUGAAAUGGUGGGGUACAGUUGGCUGCAGCAGCAGCAGCAGCAGUGCGACUCCUCCUUUCUGGGCCCUCAUCCCCCACAACUCAAGUGGCGGCUUUCAGUUCGGUAGCCCGAGCACGGGGCUUCUGUGUGUUGCUCUGGCCUCUUAUCCCUCCAUAUUUGCUGGCCGCCGAAGGUUCAACACUGUCGAUAGCCUUUCCCCCCCCCCCAUUCACUCGCCCUCAGAAGGGCAAUAAAUAAACCAGGGUUAUCUCCCUGCUAUGUUUACAUAUAGGGCUCGCAGCAACCUCUUUAACUCCCGGAGAGGAUGUGACCCUAUCUGCUUUUUGAAGGUGCCAGCAUUUUAAAUAGGAGCAUCCCUCAUCCCAGCUUUCGGUGUUGCGUGUCUGUUUGUUGUGCUCCCUUGUGGGAACCUUACGAAGACCCCAGGGUUUGCCAGAAGGCUGAAGCAUAUGCAGUGCAAUGUCAAACACUGGGUUGCAUCAGUCUUUCUUUCUUUCUUUCUUUCUUUCUUUCUUUCUUUCUUUCUUUCUUUCUUUCUUUCUUUCUUUCUUUCUUUUUUCGAUUAGAAGGUUGCUUGGAAGUUAGGUUUGAGCGGGGGUGGGCCUCCUGCUGCUGGUUUGCUCUGGCGGCGUGGCUGUUUCCUGUUCCAGAGCGGGACGAUUUCCUGCGUCCAGUUCUCAAAAUGUGAAGUGGGUGUCUACCUCGUCACCCGGACCUCGCCGCGAUGCAGCGUACCUGUGGCACGGCGCACGACUUCCUUUCGAGCUUGUGCAAGGCGCGAGCGACCUUGCAGCCGUCGUGGCUGAUGCUAGCCAGUGCGGUACUAUUUUAGGGUGACCUAACGUGAGCAUCUCUGCAUACAUUGGCUUGUUUGUCGUAAGGUUGGCGGCGGCAGAUUUCCGUGCAGCUGAAUUUGCGGGGAAGAAUCCUGUUUGGAACGGCUGAGACGUUUCGAAUUGGGUCAGGAGCCAACGGGGGCAUAUUUGCGAAGAAGCGGGGUGGGGUGGGGGGACAAGCUAGAGCAAUGGUUGUGCCGUCUAACCUUUUGGCGGCUUCUCAAUGCACUCGUAGCUCUCGUUAGCACAAAUCUUCUCUCUUGCAGCCUAGAUGUGCAUCUCUCCUCCUUACCGCAGCUUUGAGGUGUGGAGACUCGUGCAAUAUUUUGCCCCUUGCUAGAAGGGAAACACUUCCUCCCUAGUUCUUUCUGAAGCACGGGGCUGGGCUGGGGUGGAGUUGGGAGUCGGAGCGGUGGGAGACUUCUGCACUUUCCCCCACUUUCUCUAGGCACCUAGGUGAUUUUGAGCAAGGGACAGGCGAGGCCGGUGCUCGGGCCGACUCUGGCUGAGAGAUGGGCCCUGAUCUGGGGAGGCAGGGAACUCGUUGCUUAUUAAGUCUCAGUUCCGUUUUCCUUCUUAGAUUGAAAGGAGGGUCUUAAGGCUCUAAAACCACUAGGGAGCAAAAACAAAAACAAAAACUCAAAAUGUGAAACUUAAAUACUAAAAAAUAAAAUAAAAAUAAGGAAGCAAUAUCUAUAUAGCACCUUGCACUGAUUUUAUGGAGUGAGGGAGAACUGCCACAGCCAGCAUAUUAUCUGCAAAAGAUUUUGCCGGUCAGUGAAAGAAAUGGCCAGUGAUCCAAGGCUUCUAUUGACGCUGGCUGAGAUUCCGGGCCGCCCGGGUGGUGUGUGUUUUUUUGAACAAAAUAUUGCUGCUGUUUUGCAAGUGUGUUGCAUAUCAAGACUUUUUGUCGGGUGGGGGCGGGGGCGGGGAGGAAGACGAGGAAAUGUUUUUGUGCCAAACUCUUAGUCUGCGUCUUUUUUAAUACUAUGGAUGUGUAAGACAAAAAGGGACACCCCCGCCCCAUCACCCCUAUCCUCACAAUGCUGCAGGUAUUUUGACCGUAUAUUCCAAGGCUGUGAUUUCUACUCCUUCCUGCUGUUUCUUCCCCUCCCCUCCCCUCCCGCCCCUUCUACUAUGGGAUCUCAUGAGCAAAGAUGAGACACUUCCAUUAUCCAAAUUCCGUGCCAAGGAAACCCCAAUUCUGCAACAGAGAAAAUGUGGAUUCUGCAACCUGGGUGAACUAUGCUAACGAGGCCAGUUUGCAUAUUUUCUCUUAUUUUGCAUGCUUCCCCAUUUUUUUGCAGAAUGCCUCCUACUUCUGCUAGUGAUGGGGAGGGGCAGGAUGUGGGCUGGGGUCGGCUGCACUAAAGCACCCCCACCCCAGCCUGGGAAGCUUCCUCAAACUUCUCUGCUGCUCAGAACCUUUCAAUUGUAUCAUUGAAGCCAUGUGGAUCAAAAAGUCCUGUGGGUGCCCGGGGCCAUGAGUGCCAUGCAGUGUGCAUGGCCCUGGCACUGAAAAUUGCCCUUCGUAGGGAAUUCUGUGGGUGCUCAGGGCACCUAGGGCCCUAGGGAGUUGUUCCCAUCUUUCUACAGAAUUAAAAUAACUUGAGAAUCUCCCGGCAAGGACAGCAAAUGCCCAUCCUGGCUUGUGACUGAGUUGCCCACAUUGCCGAGCGUGUUGCAGAAUCUUUGUUGCACCUCGGAAGACACAGAAGACAGUCCAGUCUAUGCUCUUUGAAGUUGUGGGAUACAGUCCCGUCUGUGGUAAUCUGCAUUGGAGAAUUACCUACUGCAGAUUAUUAUGAUUCUUAUUGACAUUUUGACUGGAAUGAAUCCCCUGUCUAUUGGCCCUUGGGCCCCUGUCUGAGAAAGCAAGGCUUGCACUUAGCUAGGAGAUCCAUUGAGCCGAACCAUUUGGAUUCCAGCACGGAGAACUGAAACUGCUCCUAGCACAACAUAAGUAUGGCCUGGAGGUUUCUAUAUGCACUGGCUUUGAUUGCAAAAAAGGCUGGCGAACAAAUCUGGCUGUCGGCUCACAAUUCCCUUUUCUGCUUCCACAAAAACACCACCCAUAUGCGUGUAACUUCUGGCAACUGGCUCACAUGCCCCAAAGUCCGUGAAGCCGUUUCCAUUUUAUUUUAGUGGGUCUUCUCAAAGGUAAACAUCUCCAUGGGCUCACGUGUCCUUAACUUGGGGACUCGCUUUGGCUAACAGAACUUGCACACAGAGCUCCCUGCUGAGAAUGCCCAAAUCCUUUUGGUGCUGAGAUCCCUCCGUAAGUAGCUCUUUCUGAAAAGGCUUCCUGGACCUGAUUCUCUCCUGCGUCCCCUUCCUGCCAAGACCCUGCUGCAGAAAGCACACACAGUGCAAGUUCCCCUGAACCGAAUAGGAGCUGAGCUGUGCAAGGGCAGUGCUACUGUCAUAGCUGCCAAGUUUUCCCUUUUCUCGCAAGGAAGCCUAUUCAGCAUAAGGGAAUUUCCCUUUAAAAAAGGGAUAACUUGGCAGCUAUGGCUACUGUGCACACCUCCUGUCCAUACCACAAGAGCUUGUGCAGGAGAACUUCCCCAGUAAAUUCUUAGCUCCUCCCCACCCCUUCACUCCUCCCUUUCAAAUCCACAAAAUUGGUUUUUCUCCUCUUUUAUUUGAGACUCUGGAAGGGUGGUGGUGGGAGCAACAGGGAACCGUUUCUGGCCCCUGCAACUUUGGAACGAUUAACUGCAGCCGUCCCCAACCUGGUGCCCCCCAGAUGUUUUUGUUGUGGUUGAAAACAUCUGGAGGGCACCAGUCUGGGGAUGGAUAGAUUAUUGUAUCAUACCAGAAUGUAUUUUUGGUGGAACAAAUUACCAUCAAGAAUAAUAUUGACAUAUCCUGUUUUUAAAAGAUGCACUUUCUUUUCCAUUUUUGAAGUGCCAAACUAUUAUUUAUACAGAACAUGCAGCUAUUUAAUUUUUUUAAAAGGGAGAAUUGUUGGGAAGGGGUGGGGGGGUGCAUUUUGAUAUUUUAAAACUUUUUUUUUAAAGCAAAGUGUAGAACUUGUCGAUGGAUCUGAAAUCGGGAUCCAUAGUGGCUUUAAAAACAAAAGAAAUGUUUCUUUUAAAGAGAGACCUUUGAGGUCUUUUCUGCAGCUGUCGGGAACCUCUAUAGUUCUUCUGAUGCUAAUCUAUAGUAGGUAGGAUUCCUAAAUACUUUGCAACUUCAUUCAAGGGGAGCCCAGUUUGUAUUCUGGCUCUUCUGGGGGGGGGAUCUGCUCAGUGAAACAGUGUUUGCUUUGCUUUGAUUUGGUGAAAUCUGGUGAAACACCUUACUGAUUUAAGAGCAGGGAAAGGUUCCUUAACUCUGCUUUAGCCGAAAUUCCUACCACCUUGUAGAUAUUGUGGUUUUGCAGUAAGGGUGAAAAAGGAGAGGGGGCAGGGCAUUUGUGUGGGAGACCUUUAAAAACCCAUCUUAUACUGUAGAUUCAUACCCAGCAUUUUCUGAGCUCUAGCUAGCGAAUGGUCGAUAUCCUUCCUCCAGCAAACCGGGUCAUUGUUUCAGGUUGGAAAACAUCUCUCUCUCUCUCUUUGGGCAUCCAGUGGGAACAGGGCUCUAGCUUUGUCCUGCCAAAGUCCUUUCCAUUGUUUUCCAGUGGAAUUACUUCCUACGAAACCUAUUUCUUCAGAAUUAGAUCUUGUGGAUUUCAGUGGGAUGAACUUGCAGAGUGAAUUAGGGCUCCCUCCCUGUGUUGUGGCUGGAUGUUCAGCUUGGCUGUAGCCGGUGUCUCCCUUGCUGUUUUCCGUGCUGGGAUGUGAUUCUGUUUCCCCUCCUGUCCCAAAUCCCCUUAAGUCUGACCUGCUUGAGAUACAAUUCUCCUGGUGUACCUAUUUUGGCCAUAGCCAUGACUUUGAUGACCAGGAAAGAGGCAGAGGGAUCAAUGUCAACCAUCAAAAUGUGUGUCUCUGAAUUGUUGGGUUUUCUGCCUCCUCUCUCUUCACCAGAUUCCACUACCGGGAUUUACCAGUUCUUCCUGAUUCCCCUUCUUCCCUCCUAUUUUUAAAUUAAAUUUCAAAAGCACUGAUUCCUGGGUGUUUCGGUCCCCCGACUCUUAAUCCUCUCCACACAACCACACUGGUGCUUGUGGGAAGCGGUGGUCAUGCCUGCCGUGUCGGCAGCUGAGGUUUGCAAGCUUUCUAUGUGCCAAAUAUGAACCAGACUUUUAUGGAUUCAAUAAUGGAAAUGUUCCUGAAAAGAGGUCAGCCAUGGGAGGGGGAGGCAUGGCAUGGCUGGACUUUACUGCUGCCCUCCCACUCCAGUCUAAAGAGAAACUCCACUGUCACUGCUGCCCCGUUCAGGAAUUGCCCUGUGAACCACUCGCAGCUGCUGUCUCAUGCCAAACAGGUGCGGGCAGUGCUUCACGCUUCUGAAUCAAAGGAGCAAGAGACAGCUUUGGAAGUUGGGGCAGAAAUAAUAAUAAUAAAGAGGGGAGAGUUUCCUCUCUUAUGAAGAAUACUCAGUCUCGAAGGGCCAACAUUCAUGUGCAUAUUUCAGCAUUAACAUAUGCACACUCCCUAUGCUGGAAACCCAGGAGCAGUGUGGGGGGGGGGAGCGAGAACCGUCUUGUUAUCAUCUGCUCUCCACUUGCUGUUCCCCAUGCAUUUACCAUAUCACUGUUGCUGUUUUCUUUUCUUCAGUUUCCAGGCAAUUGCGUUCCAUGAAGGGGGUUUGGUGACGGGAUGAGAAGGGGGCAAAAAAAGGGGGGGAAGGAAAGGAACGUGAGGGAAAAGGCUUUCGAUAAGGUUGAAUGGGAACUUUUCCAGGCGAAACUCCUCCUCUGCUUGUCUGUACAUCCCAGUUUUGAGUGCCAAGCCUUCAUUCCCCCCCUUAUGGUCCCCACCUUCCUCAAAAGCCUUUUUUUACUUUGUGUCAAGACACACUCAUUAUCUGGAGCAUCCUUUCCAUCCAGCAUUUUGACAAGUUCGCACACCACAAAGUUCUAUAUAUAAAUAUAUAUAUAAGUAUAUAUAUAUAUAUUAUUUUAAAAAAAACUUAUCUAAAGCAGCGUGGGACUAUUUAUACAUUGGUUGGCUACCUCCGGACUGCUUUUUUUCAAAUCCACCUUCAUCCUUCUCAGCAUCAAGAACAUUUCUAGCGUGUUGUUUUUCGGGGGACACAGCCUCUCACCUUUCAAAAGUUUGUUUCUUUUUUUCUUUAAAAAAAAGGUCAACUUUUGCUUCAUCCGAAUUUGGGGAUAUUCCAUCUCGAAUUCUCUCGCUGCCGGGGACAGUCACCUUGUUUCAACCCGUCUUCUGAACUUCUGAGCUUCACCCUUCCAUCAUUUUGAACUUUUUAACCUCCCUCCUUCUGUGUUCAUCAAACCUGUGUUUUUUGGAUUUUUUCCUCAUCUUCCACAUUACAGGAAAAAAAAUAAAAAAUAAAAAUAAAAUAAGUUUUUUAAAAAGUAUAUAUUAUAAAUAUAUAAAUAUUAGGAAAGAAAGGAAAAGUGCAAGAGACUGUCAAAUUCUUAUGAUUUAAACUAUGGAAUGGGAUGAUUUGAUGUCACUUUUUCCCUUUUAACUGUGAACAAAAACGUUUCUUCACCAUCGCUUCAUUGUAAAUACUCUUGUUUCUGU